CCGCGCUGCUUGAGACAGUUUCCGUGCAGUUGGACCUACGGGUAGAGCAAUGGUCAGAAAUUAUUCGGAGGCGUUUGGAACGCGGAGAAUUAGAACAUUAUCAGGCGUAGUUAAAUCCCCGCCCCCCUUUUUUAAAUCCCUUAAUAUUGGCAGGCUCUCGAGCGACACUGGGAACGAGAGCUUUUUAUUGCAGUAAACACCUAUACGGAAAAGUGAACCAUUUGAAUAUAUCCAUGUAAUCGAGAGCAUCGAGAUCAAAAUUACAUUAUACCAUAUCUACAAGAUCUUCCUCAAAUCACUACCUGCCCCACCAAGAGUAACCACUAUCUUAAUUUCUAAAUUCAUAGGCACCAGGUCCUGGGCAAGAAAACUUGGCAGGCUCUCUCCAUGGCCGUCUUACUCCUCCUCCUUCUGUUUCUACGUGGACCCCACCAGGCUGCUGCAGACAACAUCCAGACCAUCUAUGUAGCCUUGGGGGAGGCGAUGGAGCUGCCGUGCCCCUCACCACCCGCCCUGAGUGGAGACGAGCUCCUGUCCUGGUUCCGCAGCCCUGCAGCAGGCUCCUCCACUGCCCUGGUGGCCCAAGUGCAAGUAGCCAGGCCAGCCCCAGACCCCGGGAGGCCCACAAGGGUAUCCAGGCUGAAACUGCUGGGGAACUACUCGUUGUGGCUGGAAGGGUCCAAGGAGGGAGACGCCGGUCGAUACUGGUGUGCUGUGCUGGGUCAGCAACACCAGUACCAGAACUGGAGGGUAUAUGAUGUCUCCGUGCUCCGAGGAUCCCAGCUAUCCGCGAGGGCUGCAGAUGGACCCCCCUGCUCUGUCCUCUUAUGCUCUGUGGCCCCUGCCAGACGCCUAGACUCUGUGACCUGGCUAGAGGGAAAGGGUCCUGUGAGGGGUCAUGUACAGUCAUUUUGGGGCAAUGGGGCUGCCCUGCUCUUGGUGUGUCCUGGGGAGGGGCUCUCUGAGUCCGGGGAACAUAGACCAAGAAUCAUCCGCUGCCUCAUGCCUCAGAACAAAGGGGUCAGCUUUAGCCUGGCAGCCUCCAUGGAUGUCUCCCCUGCCCUUUGUGCCCCUUCCACGGGCUGGGAUGUGUCCUGGAUCCUGAUGCUGUUGCUCACAGUGGGUCAGGGGUUCACCAUCCUGGCCCUCAGCAUCAUGCUCUGCAGACAGAGGGUCCAGGGGGCUCAGUGCAGAGGAAACCACAUGCGAUGCUUCUGCUUCGAGUGCAAAGGAGGCCCCAGCAGCUCCUGCAAAGAAACGGUGGCCACCUGCGGGGAGGGGGAGUGCUGCGGCUUCUUGGAGCUCAAACCCCAGCCGGGCCGAGGGCAGAACAAGCUGUGUGGAAACCCCUCGGUGACCUUGAUUCAUCACUAUCCACCCUGCGUGGUGGCCCAUCAUUGCAAUCAAGUGGAAACAGAGUUGGUGGGAGAUGUGACUUACACAACCCACAGGGACUGCUGCGUCGGAGACCUGUGUAACAGCGCUGUGGCAAGCACCGUGGCCCCGCCAUGCAUCUUGGCUGCAGCAGCCACCGCCCUGGCCUGGCUCUUGCCAGCACUGUGGAGAGGCUAGUAGGCUCGGGGGGAAGGAAGGGGAGCAAGGGAGCAAGGGAACA